AGAAUUCUUAGCGAAUUCAAAAUGGCGCCUUGUCAUUGACAGUUGAGACACCGGUACGCUGAAUAUUGUGGAUAUUGUCUGUUUUAAGGCGUCCUCGACAGUAUGACACCACCGCUAAUUAGAGUAGUGAAACAAGUACAGCGGAAAUCUCUCCAGUGCCCCGUAUUGAAUUGGUUUUCAACGGAUAACUCAGCACUACGAAAAGGGCCCGACUGCAAAGAGGAGAGUAAAUGGUUGUGUGGAUCGUCUCAGGAAAUUCUGUCCGCAGUGCGUGGACAAGUUAAAGUUAAGCAGAACUUCAUCAGCGAGGAAGAGGAGAGUGCAAUUUUUAAAGAAGUAGAACCAGGACUUAGAAAAAAGCGAUAUGAAUUUGACCACUGGGACGAUGCCAUCCACGGCUACAGAGAAACAGAACGGCUGCAGUGGGGAGUUAUGUGUGAAAGCAUCUUGAGGCGGGUGAGAGUAGCUGCAUUUCCUGAAGGCAGUCCACUGCUUGGGCCGAUUCAUGUUCUGGACCUGGACAAAGAGGGCUAUAUCAAACCCCACAUUGACAGUGUGAAGUUCUGCGGAAGCACUAUUGCAGGGCUGAGCCUGUUGUCCGAUAGUAUUAUGCGUCUGGUCCCAGAAAAUAAUUCCACAGAUUGGGUGGACUUGCUUCUGAGCCGGCGCUCACUUUAUAUAUUAAGGGAUGAUGCUCGUUUUAAAUUCACCCAUGAAAUCCUGAAAGAUGAAGAUUCAUUUUUCUCAGGACACAAGAUUCCACGUCAUCGCCGCAUCUCUGUGAUCUGUCGAAACCUGCCUGUGUAAAGAAAUUAAGACUGGACGGACCAUAGCACCCUUCUUGGAAACACUGUGGCUUCCUGGUCUAGAAGUCGACACAUUGUUCACCUUUCAGAUACUCUCAUAUGGCUAGAAAAAUGCAUCAAUCAGAUGCAUUUUUCCAGGAAUAACCACAAAGAAAACGUGGAAACAACUGGUAGCAUUACUUGAUAACAUUCAGCUCACUGAAAUGUGGUUUAAAUACCUCUGGAGGAUUAUGAAAGGGAGGGAUAUGAUUUAUGAAAUGUAUAAAUGUAAAAUGAGAAAAGGAAAAUCAUUGGGAACUGCUUCUAUGUAUAAU